CAAAAAUCUGUACAAGUUCGUUCGUCGAAUCGCAAUACCAAUAUGCAAACAGUAAUAGAUCUAGAUUGGUGGACUACUCGUUAUAAAAAAAUAUAACUUUUAAAUUUAUUUAUCUAAAUUCUAGAAAGCUUUCACUUAUUUUUCAGCGAAUUCAUAUAUUACGCGUGAUUGUACAAUCAGCUACUCGAUAGAAAAAUACAAAAUUUAUAAUUUCAAUUCUAUACUGUUAUUUACGAGAAGAGCCCUGAAAGGAAUGUGGGUCUCAUUGGUCAGCUUUCUUCUUUUCUCGUCUCAUUUUCGAUAUUAAUUUGCUAUUGAUCAAUAUGUUACACUUAACCGAUCAAAAUCAUAAACAAAAUCCCUAGCGAAAUACACGCGGAGUAUGCGCGUACAAAUUAUGUAUGUGUAUUUGAUGGAUCUGUGAGGUUAGGUAAAUUCAAGUUCUCGCGUGUUAAUUUUAAUGCUUUAAAGAUAAAUUUCAAAAUGAAAAGUAGAAAAAGAACAAAAACAAUCGAAAUGAAUGAAGAAAUGGAUAAUUUAGAGGAUAUAAACAUGAACGAAGUCACAGAUUCUGAAGAUGAAUAUUCAGAAAAUGAACGAAAAUUACUUCAGAAGGUUCGAAAUAAUCGCCCUUCUGAAGACUAUGAUAGUGAUUACGAAGUUUAUGGAUUGCAAAAUAAAAAUGAGAAAGAUCAAGAUGAUACGGAAGAUGAGGAAGAAGCAGAUUCAAUGGUAUCCGAUAUUGAAGGGUUACAAGAAGAUUUUGACUUACCAAAUGAAAAAGCUUGGGGUAAAAAAAAGAAAGCUUAUUACUCUACAGAUUAUGUAGAUCCUGAUUAUGCCACGACCAGUCAAAAAGAUUUAGCCGAUGCUGAAAUGGAAGAAGAAGAAGCUAAGAACAUUCAAAAAAGAUUGGCAGAACAGUUAGAUGAUGCUGAUUUUGGAUUAGAUUUUAUACAAACGACAAAGGCUAAAAACGAAGAAAUUCAAGAAAAUGCAGAGCAAUUUGUAAAGACUGAUCUUAGUAAACUUAGUAAAAGACAAAAACAAGCAAUAAUGGAAAAAGAAAGUCCUGAAUUUAUAGCACUUGUAAAUGACUAUAAAGAUCGCAUGACAGAGGUAAGAGAUGUAUUAGCACCAUUUCUGAAGUUAGCUAAAUCCAAUAUACUUAAUAAUUGUCCUGCAGUAUCCUUUGUAAAGACAAAAUAUGAUGUUUUAUUGAACUAUUGCAUUAAUAUAUCAUUUUAUUUGAUGUUAAAAGCAAAAAGACUACCUGUGACUUCUCAUCCUGUUAUAAAACGUUUAGCACAGUAUAGUCAAUUGCUGAAUCAGUUAGAGUCAGGACAAGAAAAUCUAAUUCAAGAAAUCAAAGAAAUACUCAAAGCUAAAGAACAAGGAAAACCAUUAUAUAAUGUGUCUGAUGGUUCGAAAAUAAGCAUAGAUAAAAAGAAAAUAUCUAAUCAUUUUAAAGAAAAAUUAGAUCAUUUAAAAAAACCGACGAAAGUAGAAGUUAGAAAUAAACGUUUGUUAGAAUCUGAAUAUGAAAUGGAAAGUAAAGAAUUUCUUGAUGAAGAAGAACAUUCGGACGAUAACGUGUCUAUAAAUAAAGUAGAAGAUACAGAAAAUAAUGCGUCUAUUGAGGACGAAAAAGAGAUAGAAGGUACUAACAUGGAUGGUUUAUUGAUGGAAAGUGAAGGAAAGAGGGGAAUUACGUAUCAAAUAGCAAAAAAUAAAGGUUUAACGCCACAUCGCAGGAAGGACCAACGCAAUCCUAGAGUAAAACAUAGGAAUAAGUAUCGUAAAGCCAAAAUUCGCAGGAAGGGAGCGGUGAGAGAAGUGAGAAAGGAAAUCACUCGUUACGCGGGAGAAAUAUCGGGUAUUAAAGCUAGUGUAAAGAAAAGUAUUAAAUUAAAAUAAAAAUCAUAAAAUAAUUAGAGUUUAUAUUGAAAAUUAUAAAACCAGUUUAUUUGCUACUAACAUACAAGUUUCUCUUACAUAUAAAACAUGAAUGUAAAUAUAGAUUAUUAUUCUUUGCUCUUACAACAUUAACAAGAUUUAUUCUGUACUUCCUUAAUGGUACAAAUUAUUAAGAUCAUGUGAAAAUUUAAUAAACCAAAAUAUACGAAAUGAUAAUUACAUAAACAUAAUGAAUAAAUUUAUAUUUUUAGAAUGUAUGACGUUAUGAUACUUAUAUUAACAUCAGACCUUUCAAAGAAUAUGUAAAUUUAUGGUGUAGUAAUGAACAGUGUACUACAUAUGAGAUUAACUAGUAUAUACGUAUAUAUGUAUGUUGCUGCUUUAUUACUCUUAAAUUUUCCAAAGCACAGUGUACAGUAUUUGAAAAAUUUUAACAUUACAACUAAUAAAAACUUAAACU